GCGCGCGGUGACGUCUGCAACACGGAAGUACUGUUGUGAGCUUUAGCCAGCUGUAGCAGAGAGGAUCACAGUGGCUUUAAAAUGUUUUACAGCUCUCUGUUUAUCUCCGCGAGACGACAGAUACACGUCGCCUAACGCGGACCCGCGCCGAGGACCCGCCGCCGUCGAUCAAGCAAGCGUUUAUUCGCACUUAGGGGAAUCACUUGAAUGAAUCGGAUCUAAUGAAUCAGUGGACGUCGACUGGGACGAUGAGAGCACAUUUACCGCCGUCGUUUAGAACGUGCGUCCAGUGAUCGGCGAGGAGUGACUUUUUAAAAUGUGAAGAAAGUAGUAGCGGGUUAUAUUUUAUCACGUUAGCGGACUGGUGCGUUGCUUUUAAUCGCGAAGGACAGCUAAUCACUCGAAGAUGGACGAAGUGAUUAUGGAUCAGGUCGUGUUUGUCGCCCAUCAAGUGGUGUCUUGGGUCGCAUCUGCUGCCAUCGUGUUUGGAGGGGUCGUGCCAUACAUCCCUCAGUACAGGGACAUCCGCAGGACCCAGAAUGCUGAGGGGUUCUCCACAUACGUGUGCCUGGUGCUGCUGGUGGCCAACAUAUUGAGAAUACUGUUCAGGUUCGGACGUUACUUCGAGACUCCGCUGCUCUGGCAGAGUAUAAUCAUGAUCGUGACGAUGUUAAUCAUGCUGAACCUGUGCACCGGCGUCCGCACGGCCACUGAACUCAACACCAAACGCCGCUCCUUCACAGCAACAGACAGUAAGGAUGAAGAAAUCAAAGUUCCUAAGAGGCUCUUUCUGGACUUUGACUGGAACUACUUCUGGUCUUGGAGCCGUUUUGUGGAUUAUCUGCAGUGUGUGCUGGCGUUCACGGUGCUGGCGGCCUAUGUGACGUAUGUUCUGCUGGACUCGGUUCUGUUCGUAGAGAGCCUGGGUUUUCUGGCCGUGUUCACGGAGGCCAUGCUGGGAACGCCACAGCUCUACUGCAACUACCAGAACAAAUCUACUGAAGGCAUGAGUAUUAAGAUGGUGUUGAUGUGGACCAGUGGAGACACUUUCAAGACCGGUUACUUCCUGCUGACUCAGGCUCCCGUUCAGUUCUGGAUCUGCGGCCUCCUUCAGGUGUGCGUGGACUUCGCCAUCCUCUUCCAAGUGUACUACUACAGCCGCUACCCCCAGAAACCCGUCUCACACACCACACACACCACCAGCGCCAAGGCCAUGUGAAACACACUCAGAUCUAUUAUAAUGCAUACGUACAGCGUCUUUAUACAGUGUCUCCAAAACAUGAUACGCUCAAGCCACACUUAAAUAUGUCUGAAUGUCAUUGUAUUAGAUGCACAACUUCAAACUUCACUUUUUAGUUCACUUUCUUUUUUUGAGUUUCAUCUUUCCUUGAAAUUAAUGCCACGUUUUGUUCGUUUGUUAGCUUUUUCAUUUAAUGAAAUGGCAUUCCUUUAUUAAGUGUUGCUUAAAGGAAUGGUUAACCCAAAAAUGUAAAUUUGCCCUCAAACCAUACCAGAUGUAGAUGAGUUUGUUUCUUCAUCAGAUCUGGAGAGAAAUUGAGGAUUGCAUGACUUGUUCAGCAAUGGAUCCUCUGCAGUGAAUGGGUGCCGUCACCCAUGAUGAUUUUUUUUUUUUUUCUUACAUACAAGAUGUUAAUUGAUGGACGGGGGUGCUGUGCGUUAUUGUGAUGCAUUUAUCAGUCGUUUGGACUCUCAGUCUGACGGCACCCAUUCGCUGCAAAGGAUCCAAAGGUGAGUUAUGUAAUGCUGCAUUUCUCAUUUUUAGCAACUUUUCAUUGUUAGGUGAACUAUUUCAUGACUUUUCCUGAUUUUUGGUGCCACUGUAUAAAUAUACAUUGAAUCUAGCUUCACGUUCAGUAUCAUAAAGAUUUGCAUUUAUAUUUACACGUAUACAAACUAGCCCAAGGUAAUCAUCAUGCUUAUGAAAACUUUUGCCUUAUAGACUCUCAGAAUGACCUGAAAUGUAUCUGAUAUUAGAUGGAUGAAUGUACGAAGCUUUUGUUAUAAGAGAUUAAUAGAGUUAAUGUUGUUUUAUUUGGAGGAGACUGUUCUUUACCUCAGUAGCCCGCUGUGGUGUUUCACUCAGUGAAGGCCCAGGGAAGAGCACAGGGAUAGAGCCUGUGUCUUUUUGAACCAAAAAAAACCUCUCCUUUAGGUAGGAGACAGUCCUCAUACAGUUCACAAAUCCACAUGACUUGAUGGAAGUGUUGCCCAAAUGUUAUUUUUGGAGAUAUGUAUAAGUUCAUUUACACGCAUGAGUUCAGUUAGCAUGACAAAAUAUGAAUUCACUGUAUUCAUAUAAUGACCUUUUUUAUGAACGAUUGACUUAAAAGUACAGCAUCUGCGGCACAGUGGGGGUUAAUUAAAAGAUGGCUUCAAGGCCAAGUGCUUCAAACAUCCAGACAGCCAUCAGUCCUGCAAAAAAAAUCACUUUCGGUAUUUGUCAUCAUUUCCAGUAAAAGUUUUAUGUAUGUUCUAAAAGUAAUAAUUUGUAAUAAUAAUAACUGAAGUGCAUUGCAAUGUUUUGAUGUAUGGUUUUCUUACUUGACAAUUAGCAUUGUAAGGAAAUACUACCUGAAGAUCCUUAAAACGGGAAGCUUACAGUAAAGAGAAAAGAGGCGGGGGAUCUUUGAAAAAUGUAUCUUUUCAGAAGUCUUUAAAAAAUCACUUUUUGAACUUUUACAUUUAAAUUUCUUUUAACUUUUUUAUUUUCAUGGAAAAUAUGACAAAUACUUGACAAAUGAUUAUUUGCUGAUUAAUUCUGGUCCAGUAGUUAGAGUCAGGGAUGUUACAUGCCAGUAAAUGUCACGAGAGAGACGCUGCUUAUCAAUAUGUUAGAUGGCUUUUUGACAAAAUUUGAGUCAAUGAUAAAACUCUCCCCCAUUCAGAUUACAAAGACAAGAGGGUUUACUGUUAACAUUUUAUUACUAUUGCUGUUAUUUAUUUCUGUUUUCCUAUUUUAGUCUUUUUUUAAAAACUUCUAUUCUGAGAUAUCAUGUAUUUUUCUUGAGCUUCAUUUAAAUAUAUGCAUUCUUUCUUUUUGUGCUGUAUUUGAUAAAACAACUUUGUUCUAUAUUGCCAUUAUAAUUUUUGUCUUCAGUUGAUGUUCUUGCCAUUGAAUGCAAGUAACUGAUGUACACUCUGGUUCACGUGAUCAUACAUAGGUUUACUCCAUCAAUACACUCCAGUAUUGAUACUCGGUUAUUGAGUGCUAUUUUUAUUUUUAUUUUUUUACUGUCCGUCUAGCCAAAUGUUCUGUUCAUAUUAAGUUGGAUACUUUGGGUCAUGUAUUUGCAAUGCUACUUUUUUAUAGCAAGAUUUGUUAAUAAACUUUUUAAAAAAUGA